GUUCUUCUUCUGUUAUGUCUGUAGCGUGUCGUGGACGCAGCUUCCUCUGUUUCUGCCCCCUGGUGGCUAGAAUUAAUAUUGUUUUGUAUUUUACAACACUUUUUUUGAAGUUAUGUCCCAUUUAAGCAUUAGACUUGUGCUGUUUCAAGGAUUUUAUAACUGUACUUGUUUAUUACACAUACAUGCUAUUAAUUAGUUACAGCAAAAUAAAACAUCCCAGUCCCGAUGUUCGCCUGUCAACCAAAUAGCUAACCCAAACCUAACCCUAACUCGUACAUGAACACUGGUUCAAUAAAGGUUGGGAAACGCUGGACCACAGGGAGCUGUUCAAACAAACCUGUUCCAUAGCUUAGUGGCGCCCUCUAGUGGUUCACGCUCCACUGUCAAUAACAAAGUUUCCGAGCCCAAAAGUUUUGUGUUCACGUUGCAAUGGAAGUCCCUGGGACAUUUAUGACAAUCGAUGUAGAAAUGUUCAAAUGCCAGGUUUCAGUGACAUUUAAUAAUGGAGACCAAAAUAUAUCAUUUCACAUUCCCCACGAUCUAUAAUUAUAAUAAAGCUAUGAUUUCUUAUUUAGAGGGCAAGUCAAAGCAAACAAAUGAGAUGAAGUCUGUGCACGCAAAGUUAGAAGUGAUGAUGUGACUGUGCUGAGAAUUAACCAAUGACAUUCAAACGCAAGUUCAAUGUAGAUCAGUAGACACCUGCCACCACUUAAAGCGCCCCAGAUCAACCCUUAAAAUUCUACUGAGCUUUUCCUAACUUUUCGUUUAUCUCCCUAGUAACUAAACACUUUUCAGCUGCAGUUGAAAAUACAAAAAAAAGUAUGAAACUAUUUCUAUAAAACUAUCUCAGGCAUCAUACGGUAUUUAACAAGGGGGGGGGGGGGGCAGUCCUACCUCUUUAAAUCUGCUUUGAGAUCAAAUAGCCAAUCAUAGAGUGCUGAGGGCAGAGACAACAUUUCAUUAUAUAGUGUCAACCCACCAAGCACUUGUGUCCAAGAUGCUCCUCUUGCUCAGUGUGGCUGCUGCCAUUCUAUCUGCGGGCUCCUCCAAGGAGUUGAACCGGACCUCCGAGCUGAUGCCGGAAGGCAUAGAAGCGUGCUCGGCCUGCGAAUUCCGCGAGCACAGCAAGCAGAUGAGGCUGUACAGCAUCAAGUCGCAGAUCCUCAGCAUCCUACGGCUGGAGCAGGCACCCAACAUUAGCCGGGAUAUGAUCCGCCAGCUGCUGCCCAAAGCGCCGCCUCUUACGCAGCUCCUGGAUCAGUACGACCCGCGGGUGGAAGAUGAGGAGCACGCUACCACGGAGACCAUCAUCACCAUGGCAACCAAGUCAGACUCCAUCGCAACGGGAAGGCUGUCCUAUUGCCUGUUCAGCCUCAGUCCAAAGAUCCACACAGAGAACAUUCUGAGCGCUCAGCUGUGGGUUCAUCUGCGGCCAGUCCAUAUGGUCACAACCGUCUUCCUGCAGAUCUCACGACUGAAACCCGACAGGGAGGGAAACAACACCCGGGUCAGAGUGCGCUCUUUAAAGGUGGACACCGAUGCCGGCGCCGGUUCUUGGCAGAGCAUGGACAUCAAGUCUCUGCUGCAGGCGUGGCUGCGUCAGCCAGAUAGCAACUACGCUAUCGACAUCAAUGCUUUCGACCCUCAAGGAGAAGACCUGGCAGUCACGUCAGCAGAGCCUGGAGAGGAAGGCCUGCAACCUUUCAUUGAAGUCAAAAUCCUGGACAGUCCAAAGCGAUCCCGUCGUGACUCGGGUCUAAACUGCGACGAAGAGUCAGCGGAGACGCGCUGCUGCCGUUACCCGCUCACUGUGGACUUUGAGGAGUUCGGCUGGGACUGGAUCAUCGCACCCAAGCGCUAUCGAGCUAACUACUGCUCGGGAGAGUGCGAGUUCUUGCACCUGCAGCAGUACCCGCACGCGCACUUGGUCAACAAGGCCAACCCACGCGGCACGGCGGGACCCUGCUGCACACCCACAAAGAUGUCGCCCAUUAACAUGCUCUACUUCAACCGCAAGGAGCAGAUCAUCUACGGAAAGAUCCCGUCCAUGGUGGUGGACCACUGCGGUUGCUCCUGAUGCACUGAUGGAUUUCAAGCACCUUCAGCGAUUUGUAACGUCAGCAGAGUACUGUGCUGGAUGAUUGGACAGCGCUACCUUGACUUAAUGAGGAUUUUUCUUUUUAGUUAGGGGGGGGGGGGACACUGCUUCAUAAUUUCUUUGCUUUGUGAAACUAGAUCUGACCGAGUAAAAUUGAAAAAGGGUACACUCGGAUCUGCCCUCCAUCUGCAUUGUGUUGCUAACCUGCUAGCUCUAACAGCUCAGGAGCUAGCCACGAUUUUGUAAAAACAAACUAGUGAUCCAAGAAAGAGUAAAAUUCUGACUGACAUGCUUUCAUGGUGAUCAAGCCAAAUCCACGUAAGCUUCAAUCAGGCACACUGUGACUUUUGGCGUACAGUAAAUACACUUCAAGCUGGAGUUGCUAGCAAGAAUUGAACGUAACCUCACUUCAGUUCACUGACGUAUGUAAAUGGCAGCUCAUCAAUGCCUGACUUGUUGAUGAUGGCAUGUGGCCAAAACUUAAGUGUCUGGUGUAUUUUUUUUGGAGGAGGGGGGGUUUAAAAACAAACAAUGAACUCAUAUCAGCGAGCUUAUCAACUUACUUGACCUGAUUAGAGCUGUCACUUGUGUAACUUCGCUUGCAGUCGUAUGCGGCCGUCCACAUGUUAAGACAUAAAGCGUUGUUGUUAUUGUUGUACCACAGCAAACGCUAUCUUUAAUAAAAACGGUUUAUGUCUUUAUAUAGCCGACACAAUUUUUUACAUAAUUAAAAUAGAAUAGAAUAGUAUAGAUCUUUAUUGUCAUUGUCACACAUGUACAACGAAAUUUAAAAAGUGCCAAUCAGUGCAUGAAAUAGAAAAUAAAUAGAAUAAAUAGAAUAAAAAGAUUAAAAAAAAUACAAGCUAAAACCCCACAGAAGAACAUACACGGACAUAAUCCUUUUUUUUAGCGGCAUUUAAAAAAAACUGUUGGCGAAUCACAAAAAUGUGUUAUUUGAGGGAACUGGAACAAUAGGAAACAAUGAUUAGCUAGGAGCAUGGUCACCAAACAAUGUAAACUCAUAAGUCAAGGCAACACUGUAUUUGGUUUGAUACAACGAUGCGAGAUGUGUGGGCCGCCCUGCUGCUUUCUGUCUGGUUUGUUUUGGCCCCCCCAAAAAAAAGCCUGCAGGAUGUCAAGCAUGUGCCUUUAUUUGAUCAACAAUGAACCCAGUGCUCUUUCCUCCUUGCUAGCAAAACAAAUGCUAAGAAUCAAACGCCAUUAAUUUAUUAAGAAACUUAGGGAGGCUGUGUAUAUUUUGUAAUCACUUUAUAGAUAUACUUGAGCGAGCAAUAGUUUUCAUAUUCAUCCAAACACGAAAAAGGUCUGGAGAACGGUGAUUGGUAUUGCACCAUUCUUAUCCAAUUCAAUUCCAAUUGGUCGUUGUUAGGUUUGGAAAAUGCAAAAACUGACGUUUUUACACAGUCUGUGAAAUUCCAGGCCUGCAGGAACUAAA